AUGGCAAUGGUAAACAUGAACAACCUGCUCAACGGGAAAGACUCCCGCUGGUUGCAGCUGGAAGUCUGCCGGGAGUUCCAGAGGAACAAAUGCUCCAGGCCGGACACGGAGUGUAAAUUUGCGCACCCACCGGCCAAUGUUGAGGUGCAGAAUGGACGGGUCACCGCCUGCUACGAUAGUAUUAAGGUAGGUCUACAAGAUUAA